UCGCACACAGCAACUUCACGCCUUCCCCCAACCUCAAUCCCUAACCAACUCUCACACUCAUCAUGGCCGAGCGCGGCGCUUUCCGAGGCGGGCGCGGACGCGGCGGCGGCGAUCGUGGUGGUCGUGGAGGACGGGGCGGCCAUGGUGGAGGUGGAGGAGCCCAGGCAGGACAUACUGACACGCGUCCCAAGAAGGAGAAUAUUCUCGAUCUCUCCAAGUAUACGGACAAGGAAAUCACUGUGAAGUUCCAGGGCGGGCGCGAAGUUAUCGGCAAGCUCAAAGGCUACGACGGCCUCAUGAACCUCGUCCUCGACGACGUGAAAGAAGUCAUGGCUGAUGACCAAGGCAACCAAACCACGCGCCCUCUCGGCCUCGUCGUCGCUCGUGGCACCCUACUCACCGCAAUCUACCCAAUGGAUGGAAGUCGUGAGAUCGCGAAUCCUUUCCAGGCAGGCGAGGAAUGAGUCUUAAACUCCCCCUCAUUCCUCUAAUAAUUGCGUUUACUACGCUCACAGAUGAGGAACAUGGCUUGUACCCUAUUCGAGAGGAGGUGGGUGGUGAGGAGGAAGAUGGUGCCGAUUCUGGUGAUGGUGCGGGAGCUGAUGCUAGUGGUGAUGUUGGAGCUGAUGCUAGUGAUGGUGUUGGGGCUGAUACUAGUGAUGUUGCUGGGGCUGAUAUUGAUUUUGGUGCUGGGGCUGAUGCUGGUGAUGGUGCUACAGUUGGCGCUACAGUUGGCGCUAUAGUUGAUACUACAGUUGUCACGUGUGAGGCUGCUAAGAAUGAGGUGAAGGAUGAGGAGAAGGUUGAAAAGGAGUGAUACCCUAACUCCUAGCGGAAUUCCAUAUCUUCUCGGCGUAAGAGGAUAAAAUGGGCAUAGGUCGGUGGGAUGCA